AUGGUUGGUAAGACCCACAAAUGUGGGCAACCAAACUGUUUGUUCCCUGUGGAAGAGGGGAUGCAGUGUGACGAAUGCCAUAAGUGGUUCCACAAAAUGUGCACCCGCUUAAGUCCCACCGCAUACAAAAGAUGCUCGAAGCCUAACUCACAUUGGCUUUGCAUGUUUUGCUGUGCCAACAAGGUACUACUAAUACAGGAGGCUAUGAGCCUGUUGGCCUUGGCCUGUAAAAAGAAGGAUGGCAUAUGCGCCGACAACACGAGCACUGACAGCGACGAAUGUGUCAGUGUAGUACCUGCUGUUACGCGACGCCUCAAACAACCGACUCUGACUGACGUAAAAGUGGAAUCUUCGUUGACAUUAACAGGGGGAGUAGUACCACCUGGUACUGACAUUGUUAAUAAUGCACCUUUAAUGGGAACCGAAGAUCUGGAUAAAACAGUCACCCUUCCAAAUAGUCCCAGUGUUAUGAGGGAUGAAAAAUGGAAUACGGUACGUAGGAAACGAACCGAAAAGAAAAAAGCUGUAAGCAGUACACAGGUAGUUAGUAACUCACUGGUGGACUCAAAUUGUGAGCCACAAAUUGCACUACCAAAAUCUGAAGGUAAGAGUGGAACCCAUCCUGGCGUGACUGAGAAGAAAAAUCUAAUAACAUCGAAUAUUAUUGUGAGCAAAUUGCGGGAGUCAAACGACCCUGAUCCGAAAAUUAGACACGCGCAUGACUUAGAAAAGCUAGGAGAAUACAUUCGUAGUAUUUUACCAGAUAACUCCAAAGGAGUUCAGGUCAAAAAGUUGGUAAGAAUAGGCAAGAGGACCGAGGACAAUGUUGAACCCUGUCCAUGCAGACUCCUUAAGGUAAUCCUAGGAUCGGAGAAGCAACGGGAUCUCUUGUUAAGUAGCGCUCGUUGUCACGACAAUUCUGACAUCCGAGUUAGACCUGACAUGUCUCUCGAAGAUAGAAUAAAAAGGAAGAAAGCACUAGCUGAACUUGAAACCCGUCGGCAAAACGGCGAGGAAAAUCUCCGGUUAGUGGGUUUUCGGAUAGUCAGGUCUUGGAAGCGAAUGCUACCAAGGCCUGUGUGGAUAGGCUGUUCUACUUAG